UGUGGAAAACCUCAGUGGAGGGGGGGUUUACCCCCAUCUCUUGGGGCAUGAAAAUGUUCCUGAGCAUUCGUGACUCCUCUCUGGAGGACCUGGCAGGGGCAGCAUAGAAAACCAUGAGAGAGUGGCCUGGCUGUAGCUCUGUGACCCCUGAGUGAGGAUAAGGAGGAGCUGGAGCUCAGGAAUGCUCCCAGAAUUAAUAAAUUCAGCAUUAGUAAAUUCCAGAAUUUCAGAAAUGCUGAAUGCUGCCUGUUCUACCUUCCCAUCCCCAUCGGCAGUUGGGCUUUGCCCUUCAAAAUCUGACGUACAAAACCUGUGACCCACUGGAACUUUUGCCAGAUGCUCCAUGGAGGGUGAAAAUCAUCAGAUUUUCCCAGAGCAGGGGAGAUGUCGGUGAGGAAAGGAGGAACAACGUGACUGAGCCAGCACCCCCAGGCUGUGGAUAAGAUCCUUGCUCUGAACAAACACGUGUCCCAGUUGCUGGGGUGCCUCCAUGAGCCCCAUCUGGUGCUGUCUGAGCCCUGCUCUGCUCUGCUGGAGGAGGGAUCUGCACUGCAGAGGGAGGGAGGGCAGCUCAGGAGAUGCUGACCAUCUGGAGGGGUGAUGCUUUGCAGAGCUGUCACUCUGGGCUGGUGGAGGUGACCCAGCAGAGCUCAGCAGGGAGGUCACGCCCGUCCCUGCGAGCACCAGAAAUAGAAUCUCAGAAUCACAGAACAUCCUGAGCUGGAAGGGACACACCAAAUCCAGCUCCUGACCCUGCACAGGGCAGCCUCAAGAAUCCCAUCUCGUUCCUGCAAGUGUCCAAACACUCCUUGGACUCUGGGAAUGGUGCUACCCUAAACAGCAGCUCAGAGCAGUGGGUGGGGAUAACCCUGCUGAGCAUUCCUUUGGGAAGUGGUGUGUCCCUCCUGAUGCUUAGGGGGCUACACUGCAUCCCCACAGCAGGGAUAAUUCCCUAGUCCCUAUUCCCUGGAGAAGGAAUGUUCAUGCCUGUGUUUGACCCUGCUGUCCUUCAGCCCCAGUUCAGCUCCCUUCUCUCACAGCAGCUGGGUGACACCCAGCUUUCUGUCUCCCCAAAUUGUCAUGGGAUUUGCAGUUCAGAUCCCAUCCCAAGCAUUUCUGGCUCCCCCUCAUCCACUGUUCCAGGGCCUCAGCUGAGCAUUCCCAGGAGGGAGCUAUGAGCCAGCAGCUCCGAGAGGUGGAAAUUCUGCUGCAAGUGCUGGCUUAGGGAAGUAAUCACCUUAACGAGCUGAUUUCCAUUAUCUCCUGCUGCUGUGACACAGGGACAGCAGCUUUGCCGUGCUCUGCUGGGUAACCUGGCCCUUCCUGCUGCUCAGAUGUUGGAAGCUCUGCACUACCUGCACAGCAAAAGGAUCAUCCACAGGGACCUGAAGGCUGGGAACGUGCUGCUCACCCAGGAUGGGGACAUCAAGCUGGCUGACUUUGGAGUGUCUGCCAAGAACAUGAAAACUUUGCAGAAGAGAGAUUCCUUCAUUGGGACCCCUUACUGGAUGGCCCCGGAGGUGGUGAUGUGUGAGACCAUGAAGGACACUCCCUACGACUACAAGGCUGACAUCUGGUCCCUGGGGAUCACCCUGAUCGAGAUGGCCCAGAUUGAGCCACCCCACCACGAGCUCAACCCCAUGAGGGUCCUGCUGAAGAUCGCCAAGUCCGACCCUCCCACGCUCAGCUGCCCUUCCAAAUGGUCCCUGGAGUUCAGAGAUUUCCUGAAGAAGGCGCUGGACAAGAACCCAGAGACCCGGCCCACUGCUGCCCAGCUGCUGGAGCAUCCUUUUGUCAGCAAGGUCACCAGCAACAGGGCCCUGAGGGAGCUGGUGGCAGAGGCCAAGGCUGAGGUGAUGGAGGAGAUCGAGGAGAGUCGGGAUGAAGCAGAGGAGGAUGAUUCCUCGGAGUCUGCCUCGCCCCCUGGGAAGCACAAGCGAGACCCCUCCGAGGCGAGCCAGCUGAGUUUUGAUGGGGAGAAACCUCCAGACUCCUCCUUGCCCAAAGCUGUGAACGGCUCCGUGGGGACUGGCAAGGACACCACAGAGGGCCAGAGCCACAAAGUCUCAGCCCAAGGGAUCAGCAGUGACAGUGACAAACUAGAGAGCAACCACACCACAAAACCCAGCUCGGCCACCCAGGACAAGCCAGACAUCAUCCUGCAGCCAGGACAUUUGGGUAACUCAACAGAGGGGAGCAAGGGCAAGGAGGAGAGGAAGAGCACAGGGGAGAGGAAGAGCAUCGUGGACAGGAAGAGCACAGGGGAGAGGAAGAGCAUCGUGGAGCGACCAGAGAGUGUUCUCCUGGAGAACUUGAGCGAGGAGAAGCUGGCCAAUGGAAGCCUGGAGCCCCUGGGGCCGUUCCCUGGCAGCCGCUCCAAAAGGGACUCGGACUCUGGCAGCACCUCGGCCUCUGAGAGCAUGGACCUCAGCAUCUCCUUGUCUGCUGACCUGUCCCUCAACAGGGAGAGUGGCUCCAUCUCCCUCAAGGACUCCCAGAUGCACAAGAAGACCCUGAAGCGCACCCGCAAGUUCGUGGUGGAUGGGGUGGAGGUGAGCGUCACCACCUCCAAGAUCAUCAGCGAGGACGAGAAGAAAGAUGAAGAAAUGAGGUUUCUCAGGCGCCAGGAGCUGCGGGAGCUGCGUCUCCUGCAGAAGGAGGAGCACAGGAACCAGGCCCAGCUGAACAGCAAACACCAGCUGCAGCUGGAGCAGAUGCUGCGGCGCUUCGAGCAGGAGAUGAUGGCAAAGAAAAAGUUCUAUGACACGGAGCUGGAGAACCUGGAGAGGCAACAGAAGCAGCAGAUCGAGAGGAUGGAGCAGGAACAUUCCCUGCGCCGGCGCGAGGAAGCCAAGCGCAUCCGCCUGGAGCAGGAGCGCGACCACGCCCGAUUCCUGGAGCAGCUCAAGCAGAUGAAGAAGGAGGUCAAGAACGAGGUCGAGAAGCUUCCACGACAGCAGCGCAAAGGGAACCUGAAGACAAAGAUGGAUGACUUCACACAGAAAAAACAAACCAUGGAGCAGGAGUUUUUGGCCAAGCAGAAGGAGGACCUGGAGCAGGCCAUGAAGAACAUCACUGCCCAGAACAAAAGAGAGAUCUGCGACAAGGAGCGUGAGUGCCUCAACAAGAAGCAGCAGCUGAUGAGAGACAGGGAAGCUUGCAUCUGGGAUCUGGAGGAGCGUCAGCAGCAGGAGAAGCACCAGCUCAUCAAACAGCAGCUGAAGGACCAGUAUUUCCUCCAGAGGCACGAGCUGCUCAGGAAGCAUGAGAAGGAAAGGGAGCAGAUGCAGCGCUACAACCAGCGCAUGCUGGAGCAGCUGAAGGUGAGGCAGCAGCAGGAGAGGGCACGGCUGCCCAAAAUCCAGCGCAGCGAGGGCAAGACACGCAUGGCCAUGUACAAGAAGAGCCUCCACAUCCACUCCAGCGGCAGCGCCUCCGAGCAGAGGGAGAAGAUCAAACAGUUUGCUCUGCAGGAGGAGAAGAGGCAGAAAGCAGAGCGGCUGCACCAGCAGCAGAAGCACGAGUCACAGAUGAAGGACAUGCAGGCUCAGUGUGAGAGCAACACCAACGAGCUCCAGCAUCUCCAGAAUGAGAAGUGUCACCUCCUGAUCGAGCACGAAACCCAGAAGCUGAAGUCCCUGGAUGAGAACCACAACCAGCACAUGAAGGAGUGGCGAGACAAGCUGAGACCACGGAAGAAGGCCCUGGAGGAUGAGCUGAACCAGAAGAAGCAUGAGCAGGAGAUGUUCUUCAAGCUGAGCGAGGAGGCUGAUGGACAAGCGCCAGUGUCCCCGACCAAACACGCCAAGUUUGUCCCCUUCAGCUCCUCAGAGAGCUUGUAA